GAGCUCACCAUGCGCCAUACUUUGCCGGUCGCCGUCCUGCUGCUGGGCAGCCUGGGCUCGCAGGGAGCCAACAUCCUGGCGCCCAUCUGGUUCUCGGCGCCCAGCCACUUCGUCAUGUUCGACCGGCUGCUGUCGGAGCUUGCAGCCAGGGGCCACAACGUGACGGUGCUCAGCUACUUCCCCAGGAAGGCGCCUCUGCACAACUACCACGACAUUGUGCUGCACAGGGACGAAUGGCACCACCUCAAGGGGAUGUCGGUGGACAUUAUCCCUGUGUUGCGGUCCAUCACGCUGGGCUACGCCUAUGGCUGGAUGGGCAACGUAGAAGGCUGCAGGGAGGCGUUCUCGCAACCACAGACGCGGCAGCUGGUGCGUUCUGCUGACCGCUACGACCUGGUCAUCGCCGACAUCCACUUUGCAGACUGCAUGGUAGCCUUCGCGCACCACCUGGGCGUGCCGCUCAUCAACGUCGCCACCAGCUUCCCGUUCGCCUGGACGCACGACAGGGUGGGGAACCCGGAUCACCCGGCGUACACGGAGCUGUUCAACUCGGAGGCGGUCGCGCCGUUCACGUUCUGGCAGCGGCUGAAGCACUCCGUGGCCUACGUGUACACGCGGCUCGGCAACCGCUGGCUGUCGGACUGGCAGGUGGACGCCGUGGUGCGCGAAGCCUUCGGGCCCGGCGUGCCGCCCACGCACGACCUGGUGCGCAACGCCAGCCUCGUGCUGCUCAACACCCACUGGAGCAUCGACCAGGUCAUCCCCAAGGUGCCCGCCCUCGUAGAAGUCGCGGGCCUGCACGUCGCAGACCCCAAACCUCUGCCGCAGGACAUUCAGAAAUUCAUGGACGACAGCCCUGCAGGUGUGGUGUAUUUCUGCCUCGGCUCAAAGUUCCGACCCGACUCGUUCUCUCUGGAGAAGCUGCAGGCCGUGCUGGACACAUUCUCCAGGCUGGAGCAGCGCGUGCUCUGGAAGGUGGACGCCUCCAGCAUGCCGUCGCUACCGGACAACGUGAAGACGGCAGCGUGGGUGCCGCAGAACGACGUGCUCAAUCACCCUAACACGCGUGUUUUCAUCACUCACGCCGGUCAGAUGAGCAUGGUGGAGACGACGAUGGCCGCCGUACCUGUGCUGGCCAUUCCAUUCGGCGGUGACCAGGUGGCCAAUGCGGCGAGGGCGGCCAAGAGGGGCACCGGCCUCCUUCUGGAGUACCAGGACCUCACGUACGACACGUUCAGCAGCGCUCUGGACGCGUUGCUCAACGAUGCCAGGUACCGUGAGCGCGCCAAACAACUGUCGCAGCUGUUCCGGGACCGACCCCGACCUCCGAUGGAGGAGGCUGUCUACUGGGUGGAGUACGUCAUCAGGCACCGGGGGGCGCCGCACCUGGGGUCCGCCGCGCUGGACCUGGCCUGGUACCAGUACCUGCUGCUAGACGUCGCUGCCUUCGUGGUGGCGGCGGUCGUCUUCUCUGUGGCGCUGCUCUUCUUUGGUGCUCGGGCGCUGCUGAGGUGCUGCACGCCGAGGAGGGUCCCAGCUAACAAAAAGAAGACCAAAUGAGUUGGCGAAGUGCUGUGCAAGUUGUAACUAGUCGAAAGAGCCAAGUUGGUCUGUUAUUGCAAAUAACAACAGAUAGUGGGUUUACAGAGAACAUAAGUACUAUAUAUAUUUGCUAGUAUUUUUUAUGGCAUUUUGGAGGAGUUCGACAGACUACAUUAAAAAAGUGUUUUCAUCA